AUGGGUCGCCUCUACAACUGGGGCUGUGCCAUGGUGGCCGGGUCGGGCAGCAUCCUCUACGGAUACGACGCCGCCAUCAUUGCAUCCACGUUCGCUCAAUCCGGAUUCAUCGACUAUUUCAAGCCAAGUGCGACUGUCAUGGGGGCUAUUGGCUCCAGCUACUUCGGAGGUGUCGUUCUCGGCCUGGUGCUCGUCAGCUUCGUCGCCCAACGGCUGGGCAGGAAACGAUCGAUCCAGCUCGGCGGCCUCAUCGGACUGGUCGGCGCCAUCAUGCAGACGGCAGCGCAACAUAUAGCCGUCUUUUUCGUCGGCCGCGUCAUCGCCGGCAUGGCAUCCGGCGUCAUGCUGACCACGGUCAAUGUCUACCAGUCCGAGAUUGCGCCUCCGAGCGAACGUGGCGCCAUGGUGGCAUUUCAGCUCUUGGUGCUUUCGGCUGCCGGAGGACUGGCGUCGUGGGUUGGCUUCGCCUGCAGCUACUCGACCAAUGCCGCUUUCUCAUGGUAA